ACUCUUAUCACAUCAUCUCCUCGUGGGAGCUACCCUGAUUGCUUUCACCUGCUUUCCUGAAAACGGGUGUCUGGGCGGAAGUUAACUGAAGCCUCGUGUAAAUGCCCUAGGGGUGUGCUGUUGGGAGGGGCACCGCCCCUGUGAUGUGGAGCACCACGCUCAGACUCAUAAGUUCGGGUUGCCUGAGGCCUCGCCGCCCCUCAGACCAUGUUUAACGGGGAGCCGGGUCCGGCCUCGGCCGCGGCCUCCAGGAAUGUGGUUCGGAGCUCCAGCAUCAGUGGUGAAAUCUGCGGCUCCCAGCAGCCUGGCGGGGGGACCGGGACCACCACAGCCAAGAAGCGGCGCAGCAGCCUUGGGGCCAAGAUGGUGGCCAUCGUGGGCCUGACGCAGUGGAGCAAGAGCACGCUCCAGCUGUCCCAGUCUGAAGGGGCCACCAAGAAGCUGCGUAGCAAUAUCCGGCGGAGCACAGAGACGGGCAUCGCGGUGGAGAUGCGGAGCCGGGUCACGCGCCAGGGCAGCCGGGAGUCCACGGAUGGGAGCACCAACAGCAACAGCUCCGAGGGCACGUUCAUUUUCCCCACCACCCGGCUUGGGGCUGAAAGCCAGUUCAGUGAUUUCCUGGAUGGGCUGGGGCCGGCCCAGAUAGUGGGGCGACAGACAUUGGCGACGCCACCGAUGGGGGACGUGCACAUUGCCAUCACGGACCGGAGUGGCCAGCUGGAGGUGGAAGUGAUUGAGGCUCGGGGCCUGACCCCCAAACCAGGCUCCAAAUCCCUCCCAGCUACCUAUAUCAAGGUUUACCUGCUUGAGAACGGGGCCUGCUUGGCCAAAAAGAAGACAAAGGUGGCCAAGAAGACCUGUGACCCCCUGUACCAGCAGGCGCUGCUCUUUGAUGAGGGGCCCCAGGGCAAGGUGCUGCAGGUGAUCGUCUGGGGAGACUACGGCCGCAUGGACCACAAGUGCUUCAUGGGCAUGGCCCAGAUCAUGCUGGACGAGCUGGACCUGGCUGCCGUGGUCACUGGCUGGUACAAACUCUUCCCCACGUCCUCAGUGGCAGACUCUACGCUUGGACCCCUCACCAGGCGCCUGUCCCAGUCCUCCCUGGAGAGUGCCACCAGCCCUUCAUGCUCCUGAGGACCUCCGGAAGAGGCCGGAUGUAGUGUGGGAAGGGGUGCCUGGUGGCCCCCCUCCCCUGUAUAUAGUCUUCGUGUCUUUCUGGACCCCUUGCCCUACUGCAUGCCUGUUGGCUACUGGGCCCGUCCCAGCUGGCAGUGGAGACCUUAGUGUGUGUGUGUGUCUGUCUGUCUGUCUGUAUCUGUGUGUGACCCUGUUCUAUCCAUUCACAUGUCUGGGUAUAGUCAGUCUUGGUGACUACAUGAGCUAUAAUCCACAUCUCUCUGUGUCUCGUUGAAAAGAAACCCAAAGGAGUGUUGUGUGGGCGCGGAUCCCCCAGUGCAGGGGUGGAAGCCGGGGACGUGUGGCCACCGAUCCACCCUGCCUGGUCCUGUGCCCAGGGAGGAACUCACGUGUCCCUGUUGGGGCCGCCUCUUGGUGGUCCCUACUUCGUUUUCUGUCUCGUCCUUUGUCCCACCUGUGCUUCUUUCUCCCGGCACCGCUGCUCUAUUUUGAAGAAUGUAGCACCCACUGCAACUGGGCACACGGAGGCCUCUUGGGGACCCGCCACCCUCCUCCCAUCAAAUGCACCUGCAGCAUGGAGCAUGCUCAUUGGGGGCCCUGGCCGGGGGCCGGGCGAGCAGAACGUGCCUGGGAAGCCGAGGGCUUGGAGAUGCUUCCUCCUUCGGCAGGAGCCGCCUCCUUUCUAUAAGCAAAACACUAGGAAGACUUAGUUCCCAGGGUGGCUGGCCAGGCCCCUUAGAGGGAAGUGCGGGCACCUCCCUUAGCGUUGUUCUCCACCUCCUGUCUUCCUCCGAGCCUCCAACAUGCCAAAGGGGCUCUCCCAGUGGACCCCAGGAGGUGUGGACUUGGGGGGUCUUGACAGCCCGGAGGCUGGCCUUGGAGGGGAUGUUCUCUGCUAAAGCAGAUGGUCCCUGGAGGCACCUGUGUGCUCUCCAGGCCCUAGGGGUGGCCCUGUCCCCCCUGGGCCUGGCUUGUGGAGGAAGCGCUCAGGGUGGAGCUGUUUAUGGGAGUGAGGAGGGCUGGGGCUGACCUGCUGUGUGCCACUGUUGAGAAUCCUGUCUAACCUUUGGGGAUUAGCUGCAUGAGGUCGAUCAUUUGGGUCUCUCUUUGUUUGCUCAUUUCCAGACCAGGGUCCCUGUCUGGGAGCUCAGACUCACUUGGGCUCCAGCUUCCUGGCCUCACAGACAGCCUGGCUCUGGACUCAGCUAGACUGCCACAGUCACCAGCUCUGUACAAGCAAUACUUUCCCCUCUCUGCCUCCCUGCCUCCUUGCGCUCCGUGGCUGCCCUCUGCAGAGUGGCCUGGCCUGCUCUCGGCACUUUGCCUGCCUCUGUUUUCUUUCCACCCUUGUCUGGUUGGAGCUUCCCAAAGCCACUCAAACCCUGACUUCACGUGACAGCUGGGCCCUGUGUCGGCGAGUGUACCAGGGCCUGGAACGUGAGAUGUCUGCUAGGAAGGCUCAAAUCUGUCCUCUCCCUCCUCAGGUCUAGGGCGAAAGGCGAGAGGUUGCCCAGGGGGUGGACACAAUAGCCCUUGGGUCCGUGUCUGGUGGGGAGGAAAGAGGCGACAGGAGGGGUCAAGGCAUGGAGAAGACCAUCCCUCUGCCUCCUCCCCAGACGUCGGCCCCAAGUGCUGCGGUGACUCCGACCCACAUGCUCCAAGUGGAGGGGAGCUACCCAGCCGGGCAGUGGAGGUCUCGGGGCGCUAGUGCUUGGACUCCAUUCGUAACCAAAGCUGGACAGACGGGCGUACAGGCGGAUUCUGAGGGCAGGUGGAGGAGGCGGCUCUCAGGAGCUGAAGGCUUCUCCACUCAAAGGGCCUCCUUUCCUGGUAGGGACCACAUCUGGUUGAAGCCAGAGCCUGGUAGCCCCCUUCCCAGGAAAACCCCAUCCGUCCUGCCCACAGACGGAAAGUGGGCAAGGGCGGUAAGAAAUGAACCAAAGGGGCUCCUGGCUCCUGCCAGAACCUCCAUUCUUGUCUUAUCACGGAUGCGGACUGUUGUGGGCGGAGGGAGGAGGAGGCAGCUGGGUCGAGUUUUCUCUUUAGGCAGAAAUUCUCUCCCGUUGUUGGGAUUGGGUAAUGUGCGCAUUUGUCAUGUUUCUAAAAAUACGGCAAAGGGCUCUGUACUCUUUGACCCUAGGGUGGGGAGAGGGAGGAAACUCACUCACAAAAGGGCAUUUUAUGUCCUGUCUGUGGUGUAUUCACCUCUCCUGAACAGUCACCCUCCAGAUGCCGUGAACAUACUCUACACUUCCGGAACGGUGGGAUUAGUAAGGGUUCCUAGGGUGCUGAUGUAGCCGGAGUGCUGCUACCCAGACUGAGACCAUGCAGCACCUCCUGGGAAUGGGGGAUAUCAGGGAGGGAGCUCACCCUCACUCCUCGAGGGGCCUGGGAAGACAGAAGGUCGAGGGCUGCCAGCAGAGAGCCAGCCUCUGGGUGGCUGUAGGCCGUGGUCCCCUCGCCUCUGGGGGCAGGUUAGUUAGAACAGCAGAAGGGUCUCGCUGGGGCUGGGGCCUGGCCUGUUGGUAACGUGCGCUGACCCGCCUCCAGUCCCCAGACGCCAAAACCGCCCAUGAGCUGGGCUGCUCCUAGCCCACCUCUCUAAUGGGAAGUAAUGCUCCCCAGGUUGGACUGAAGGAAUUAUCCUCUUUAAACCUUCGCACCAAAUCAGUUACUAAUCCCCCCCUGGAUUCUCCCCCCAAGAUGGUGAGGUCACAUGAGGCUGACGCGUGUGUGAUGGUGAAUGGCUGGGUUUCAGGGUCUGUUUCUCAUCCUCCUCGAUACAGGAGCUUGUCUGAGAAGCCGUUUGGGAGCUAGCCUGUCCCGGGAGAGGACGGGUCGCAGUGUGCCACCUGGCCUUCCCUGGGGUGGGGAGCAUCUUUGAAGAGGAGUUGGUGGGGGAAGGAGGGAGCAGGAUCUCCCCGAGUGCUCCCUAACCGGGGCCGGAUGGCACUGCCAGGUACCGCAUCCUGGCUCUGCAGGCCUGCUUCCCCCAGGUGAGACCCAGAGCUGAGGACGGGAUGGGGCUCUUUGUCCUUCCCCAUCCUCUGCUCGGGCAGGUCCAUGGAGGAUGCGACAGAGACGGGGGUGGCCCUGUGGCAGUGCUGGGCUGUGGGCAGGAACCGUGACGGAUGACUCAGAGCAUCUGUCUUCACGUUUCUGCUCUGUUCAACGUGUCCCACUUCCUUCAUAGACUCCUUCCCUGCAGGGACGUCGGAGGGCCUUUUGUAUGAAUCAGGUUCCAGUAAAUGGGGCCAAGUCUCGGUUUGACACGGGGGAUUUGAUCCUUCAGGGAAGAACCAGCUCCGAAACUCCUCUCCAUCCCGUCUCUUCCACCUCCCAGUUCUCCCAGGAAGGGAGCAGAGGGCUUAGGAGGCUCUCCCUGGCAUGCCAGCGUUCCGGGGGUGGGGGUGAGGCAGAGCCCAGGGGCUCCGGAGAGAGGGCCCGGGAUUGCCGGCUCUCCCAGGGGCGCGACGCCUACCAGGGCAAGCUUGCCCGCGCUCUUCUUUACUGCCAGCCUCGAGGAGAGCAGACCCCUCCCCACCUUAGAGACCAUAGAGACCUCCAAGGGUACGUCUCUGGAAACGAAAUGUAGCACAAUCUUCGACUACGUGACCAGGAGCCCUGCCGUGCAAGCAGGGUUCUCGCUCCACACCCUGCUGCCCAGGGGGCCGCUGAGCUCCUCCCCCGCUGGGGCCCUAGGGCUCCCGGUGCCUCCGAUUCCCUCUCUUCCUCGGCCCGGAAAGCAGCAGAGCUUCAGGAAGGCCGCUCUUCUGUGUCUCUGAUUGCUUCCUGCACUGUGCAAACUCUGUGCAAGAAACAGCUGCCUUUGCUUGAUGCACAUGAGGCGCCCUCCACCCGGCUGGGGAGAGGGGGCGCCGUGCCGGCCCAGGUGGUCCAGCAGUGUUUCUGCGGGCGUCUGCAAGGAGAUGGAAAAGAAGAGGCCUGCCUCCCUGCCUCCCUGCCUCCCUACCGUCUCCUCCCUUUAUGUUCCUCUCCCGGGCGUUUUCUUCUCCCUGCUCCUGACACGGAAAGAGGCUCGUGAAAAUGCUGCUUCCUGUACUGGAUUCUCUUUCAUCGAAUGAAGAGGCAGGAAUGGGCAUGUAGACUCUUCCCUGCCUUCUUCCUCAAGUCUGCUUUUCACUCAGGUUAGAAGAGGAUGGGGCAAAACCGAACACUCACGACUGAAGGCAGGGGAGCCCCGCCCGGUCAGGCACGGCCUGACGGUGGCUGGCGGGGCCUGGGCUGGCUGGGAAAGGCUGAUUUUGAGAGUGCCUGAGCAUCUCAGAGCCAUGUCGGUGGUGCCAAAGAGAGCAACUAGGUCUCCCUGGGCACCAGCUCCGCCGGUGAGGCCGCAGAAAUGCGGCUUCGGGUGUUGGCAUGCCUGAUGGUGGGACCUUGUUCUCUGACAAAGGGCUUAAUCUUUCCAUGUAGCAAAGCAACUCCUUUUCCCCUCAACCCCAAGCUUGGGCUUUUGUGGGCCCAGCAUGGCUGUGCCUGUGAGGAGAACCACACCAGUAAGAGAAGCUGAAUUCUGUCAGGGGCCUAGACUAGCUUGGGGCGAGUGCUUGUUGAGAAAAGUGCGUCACUGCUUUGGGGAAACCUCCCAGGGCUCUAGUUGGAAACUUAGCCAGUAAGGCCAGGGGCCUUGGCCACCCGCCACCCCCUCCCCCAGGGAGUUCACACCGAUGUCAGGAAGGAUCCCUGGGACUGGGUUCAGAGAGUUUGGCUAAAGAAAUGGGCCCUGGGAAUCCAGGGGCCACAGAGUAUCCGCCCCACAGGUUGGUGGCCUGGACAGCUGGCUACAGGGAAUCAAAGGCUGUUCUAUACAGUUUUGUCCAAAACUGUGACCUUGUGCAAGACUCCUCACUUGUCUGGGCCUCAGCUUCCUCAUCUGCAAAAUCAGAGCAUUUGCUAGUUGCUCCAUGGUUCCCUCCAGGUUCUAGGAGUCUGAUCUGGAGCUGAGGAGGGUUUCCAGCCUGGUGCGCCUGGGUCCACGGGCUGGUUUCGUCCAGCCCUGGCACCCUGAUUGGGGGCAGGUCCUCAUCUGUCCACGCCCAGAUGUGGCUUCUGACAAGAACUCUGGGAACCCUAACAGACUUGGCUUCCACCUCUGUGGUAUGUUCUCCCUCUUUUCUUCUCGUGUAAUGACCAGAACUACUUAAGGGUUGUCUGCAAUGGACAAUUGUCAAGGUGCUGAUGUGAUGUGACCACCUCAGCUGCAUCCUGCGUAGGUCAGUACCCCCACCGGCAGAUGAGACUGGGUCAGUCCUCAUCUCUGCUUCUAGAAUGACAUCUGUGGGAGAGUCGAACACCUGAGAAUGUUAAAGGCAAUGCUCUCUGAUGGGAGGAGAGAGGGCCCUUAUUCCCCAUCAAAGUAUUUUGCUUCUUGAAACCACCUCUCUCUUCAGAAUCUCUCAGCAGACAUCACCUCAGCAAGCAAAGUGGCUGCUUCCUUAGGAAAAGUUGGCCUGAUUAUUCUAUCCACUCCUUUAGAAUGUAAAUUCACAGGAGGCAGGAACCCCUUUUUUAGAAUUUCCAAAUGCAUCCUGCAAAGAAAGAGAUAGCUGAUAGGGACUGACAAGCACACUGUUUAGAUAAGAAGCAAUUAGCCUUUUAUAUCUGUGCUCUAUACAUUUUCUAUGUGCAGCAUCUUUCCAAACUUGCUGUGGCUCCUAGGUGGCAGGUGGACGGCUGGGGAGGACCGCCGGCUGUUUCCGACAACAUUCUUGCCAAUUCCCUCGAGGAGAAAAUUCUUCACAUGGCUUCUGCAUGUACAAUAUUUGGGCAGCAAAAAAAAAAAAAAAAUUAAAGUCAGUUUGAAAAUGG